CUUUUUUUGGGAUUGUUGUUUUUGUUCAAGUCGAUUUUUUUUUUUGGUCUUUUUGUUCGCGGUUUCUAGAUUUCUUUUUUUAAACUUCCAACAAACCAAGCUGCCAUUCCGGCUCAAAACAAACCAAACCUUAAUUCAUGGCAUUCAUCGGCUACCCUUCGCCGACCGGGAUGGUCGACCACCAGGCAGCAUACCCUCAACCAUUCAUGUACCCCAUGACGCCGCAACAACCGCAUGCUGCGGGAUGCUACACGAUGCCGCCAACACCUGUGUCGUCUGCGUCGAGCUCCGCGUCCUCCAUGCCGCCCGUGGUUGCAAGCACCAUGAGCACGAAUGAUGCUGCGGCUGCGCUGCAAAUCAUGCAACGGUCGCCUGUGACACAUCGUACACAGCCAGUCGCACAGUUUGCAAGUGCCCAACCUUCAAACCCGACGUACACGUAUCCGUACUAUGUCCAGCCGCAGCAGGUCCAGCCGCAGCAGCCUCAGCACAUUCAACACGUGCCGUCGGCCUUCACUCAGCCGAGCUACCAACAACAACACCACCACCAGCAACAACACCAACCACAGCUGCUUGUGCAACAAGCUUAUCACGCGCAACCCCAGCAACCGCAGCUACUACAACAACCGCAGCAAAUGCAGCAAAUGCAACAACUGCACAUGCAACCGGCCUACCAACAACAACAGCCUCAACAACCUCAACAGCUCCAACAGCAGCAAAUGUACUUGCCACAGCAGAGCCAGCACUUCUUGCCACUGCAGAGCCAGCACUACUACCAGCUGCACAUGCAAAAGCUCGAGCACGCCGCCGUGCAAUACAACGACGUGACGCCCCCGCUGUCCACGACUUCACUUCAAGCGCCCGUGAACCUGUUCCAGCAGCAACGACCUCCCGUUGCGCAUGCUGCCAAUCGGCUUCCUUCGCCCGCUCCGUCCGGGUCGAGCGUCGCAAGCGAAUCAGUCCGCCGCUCGCUGAGCCCCGCUGCCUCCUUUGCGGACCAAGGCCCGGGCGUCGUCAAUGCCAGUCGCGUGCGAAAGGCCUCUUCGUCAACCAAAAACCGCAAGGCGGCUCGACCAAAUCCCAUCUAUUUGGACAACGAGGUGCCCGUCAUCAAGUACGCCAAGCCAACCCAACACUCCAAGUUUGUCAUUGGCUCCAUCACAACCGAGCUGGACGCUCGGUUCUUCUUUGCCGAGUGCAUGGAGGGACGUAUUCACCUGAACGCGUGCCGCCUGGAUCGCGAUGCUCCCACCGAGGUGGAGGCUGGCCAGAUUUAUGUCUUCCAGUCCGAGGAGCGUCCGAGCACUGACGGCGAUGCUCAGCCAGCCCCAGCGACCAAGGCAGACUCAAAGACGAAAAGCAGCCUCAAGCGCUGGACUGACACGCUGCAGUGGAAUUCGCGCAAGUACUGGCACUUGAAGAACAUUCUCAAGUAUCGCCAGACGAUGCCCCACCCCGAUUUUCCCACGGAUCCGAAGCAGAACAUUAUCAAACCCGAUGGCUUGACGAAAAUGAUCAUCUGCGGCACUGACAAGUACAGCCAUCUUCGCGCGGUUCACUACUUUUACGACACUUCCCGCAAGUCCAAGUAGAUUGGCCACCACUUGUGUGCCAAUGUUGUUAGUGUUCAUUCGGUUUUAUUUCAGCGUCUAUUUUUCGGGGUUUUUUCGCGUCAGUUUGGUUUCGGCCUGCAUGUUGAUUUUGUUUUUUUUUUUUCAUUGUUUGUUUUCGCCUUUUUUUUCUCUCUCUCUCUCUCUCUCUCUUUUCGAUCCAUUCAAUCUUCGUUCGUUUCUUCUCGCGCGACGCAUUCUUGCUCUCGCACACCCACCCACCCACACUCUCUUUAUCGAUUUUUUUUUCUGCCGCUAUUGGCCAUUGCAUUGCCACCUCAUUCGCCUCGAUACCAUCUUUUUUUUUGCAUAUUUUUUUUCAUGUUAGCUUCCUUCAUUUCGUUUCUACCCUCGCCAUCAAAACUGUAAUCAAUAGGAUUCCA